AUGACAGAUAUAUAGUCAUUAAAAGUAGCUUUUAUUGAAUUCAUUGAAAAAUUACUUCCAUCAAUAUCAGAUCCAAUGUCAAUCACAUAAUAAAAGUGUUAAUUACUUAUAAAAUUGCUCAAAGAUGAAGGUAAAACAAUAAAGGAUGUUUGUUUAUAUAUUUAAAACUUUAAAAUAGGACAUAUGAAAUCUACUACUAAUUAGAAAAUUGAAGAAGAUGAUAAAUUAAAAUCCCCAUUAAAAUCAAAAUAACCAGAUCUAGAGCUUUUUUAGCCAGAAUCAUAUUUUAGAUUAAGUAAGAAAUGCCUCCAUAAUAACUAGAUCUUCCGAACAAAGAUUUAAUAAUAAAGAAAUCUAGCCUAAAGAAUGGUGAUUUAAGAGAGAAAAUACUUAAUGCAUAAUAAAGCGAAGGGUAAGCAGAAGACACUUCAACUCCUCUUAAAUUGGGGAUAGAAAAAUUGAAAAGUAUACAUUAUAUUCUUAUGAAAAGAGACACCAAAAACAACUUCCACUUUUAAUCUAUUUUUUCAACAAGUAAAAGGGUUUUCAAUAGUAUCAAGAGAAUAUAUAAUUGAUGAUAUAUAACAAUGCAUGAAAGAAUUUCAAAGGCAUACUAAAAUUAUGGGAUGCAUAGAACAAAGAUCCUUUGAAGUCAAUAGUGGAGAAAUCACUGAUGUUGAUAAAAAAAUGCAUCAUUAAAACUAUAAUUUUACUUCUUACUCUAAACAAGUUGAAAGAUAAAAAUCUUUUAAGAAAAUGAGUAUAUUUGAACAAAAGAAGACUAGUGAAUUAAACAAUAAAGUAUAAAACAAUGAAAAAUUAAUACUACAAUAGAAUAAAUUACCAAUAUCAGAAACAGCCUCUACUUAAAAAGAAUAGGAAUCUAAUAAUUAUGAAUCUCAAUAAGCAUUAACUAGCCGUACAUAUUAAACUUCUAAGCCUUCCUUAUAUUCUUACAGAGUAUAAUAGAGGAGAAAUGAUUAAUAAGGUUAAUUAACUUCACGAAAUAUUUCAUCAUAAGAUUAAAAUAACGAAUAAAUUAAUAACAAAAAUAUAUAAAAUAAUGAAUCUGAAAUCUAAUAGUAAGAUCCUAAAUUCAAAGUUACCCCACUCUCGUUAGAAUCAACAAGUAACCAAAUUUCUGAAAUCAUUAAAUUAGGAACUAAUCCCUCACCAAAAUAAACAUCCAAAAGAUCUAUAAAUGAAACAAGUUCUUUAAAUACUUAAAUUAAUUCUCUUCCAGUUUCACCUGUUUUAAAUAAUAAUAAAUUUACUAUCGAAUCGAAUUAAUCUUAAAAUAAUUUUCAAGAAUAAUCAAACAAUGAAGAAAUUAAAGUAGAUUCAAAAUAAGAAGUUCCAUAGAAAAAUACUUAUACACGAUUUAAUUACACUCAAUAAAGGCUAUAAUAGAUUAGAGGAAACUUAAUCUAAAAUAAUUAUAGAGGGUCAUUAAAUAAUUAUGGAGAUGAUAAACCUAUGGAACUUCGAUUAGAUAUCAAACAAUUGGAUUAAAAUUUUUGA